GUCGCUGGGGGAAGCUGAGCAGACGCCAGGGGCAGCCGGGAGCGUCGGAAGGUGAUCGCGCCAGUCGAACCCGCGGAUCGCAGCCUGUAGAUCGCGGCCCGGGCCUGGAGGACAACAAGUGAAGGGGGUUCCUCUUCCUGAAGGAGGGGGUCAUGGCCUUCUUGUUGAUUACCCGACGGCUGCCCUGCAGUCUCCAGAAAAACCUCCACUUCUUCACUGGAUUCAGAUAUAUCAGCCAAGCCGCUGCCAAAGUUGACAUUGAGUUUGAUUAUGAUGGACCACUCAUGAAGACAGAAGUCCCAGGACCUAGAUCUAAGGAGCUGAUGAAACAGCUGAACACAAUCCAGAAUGCAGAGGCCGUGCACUUUUUCUGCAACUAUGAGGAGAGCCGAGGCAACUACCUAGUGGACGUGGACGGCAACCGAAUGUUGGACCUGUAUUCUCAGAUCUCCUCUGUGCCCAUAGGUUACAACCAUCCAGCUCUGGCGAAGCUUGUUCAACAGCCUCAGAAUGCGAGCACUUUCAUCAACAGACCUGCCCUGGGCAUCCUGCCUCCAGAGAACUUUGUGGACAAGCUCCGUGAGUCCUUGAUGUCGGUGGCCCCCAAAGGCAUGUCUCAGCUCAUCACCAUGGCCUGUGGCUCUUGCUCCAAUGAGAAUGCGUUCAAGACCAUCUUCAUGUGGUACCGGAGUAAGGAACGCGGGCAGAGAGGUUUCUCCAAAGAAGAGCUGGAAACCUGCAUGGUUAACCAGAGUCCUGGAUGCCCAGAUUACAGCAUCCUCUCCUUCAUGGGUGCUUUCCACGGGAGGACCAUGGGUUGCUUAGCGACCACACACUCCAAAGCAAUUCACAAGAUUGACAUCCCUUCCUUUGACUGGCCCAUUGCUCCAUUCCCACGGCUGAAAUAUCCCCUGGAGGAGUUCGUGACAGACAACCAGCAAGAGGAGGCCCGCUGCCUGGAAGAGGUGGAGGAUCUAAUUGUGAAAUACCGGAAAAAGAAGAGAACAGUGGCUGGAAUCAUCGUGGAGCCCAUCCAGUCUGAAGGUGGAGACAACCAUGCGUCGGAUGACUUCUUCCGGAAGCUGAGAGACAUAGCCAGGAAGCAUGGCUGUGCCUUCUUGGUGGAUGAGGUUCAGACUGGAGGAGGCUGUACAGGCAAGUUCUGGGCCCAUGAACACUGGGGCUUGGAUGACCCAGCCGAUGUAAUGUCGUUCAGCAAGAAGAUGAUGACUGGGGGCUUCUUCCACAAGGAGGAGUUUCGGCCAAGUGCUCCUUACCGGAUCUUCAACACCUGGCUAGGGGACCCAUCCAAGAACUUGCUGCUGGCUGAGGUCAUCAACAUCAUCAAGCGGGAAGACCUGCUCAACAACGUGGCCCAUGCUGGGAAGACCCUACUCACAGGGCUGCUGGACCUCCAGGCCCAGUACCCCCAGUUCAUCAGCAGGGUGAGGGGACGAGGCACCUUCUGUUCCUUCGACACUCCCGAUGAAGCCAUACGGAAUAAACUCAUCCUAAUUGCCAGGAACAAAGGUGUGGUAUUGGGGGGCUGCGGUGACAAAUCCAUCCGUUUCCGUCCCACGCUGGUCUUCAGGGACCAUCACGCCCAUCUGUUCCUCAACAUUUUCAGUGGCAUCUUAGCAGACUUCAAGUAAAGAAGCCAUCUCCAUGACGUUCAGAGAAAGCCCUGUCUCUGCGGUGUCGACUUGAUUAGUUUGCCUAAUUCAUAUUUUCACUUCAAAGUUUAUCAGAGGCGAAUGCAUAAACUAAAGGGUCAUUUGUGGGGCAGGCUCAUUGGUUAGUGCUUGUGGAGGAGUGGGUGGAGAGGACCACAGUUUGCGGGACACCCCCUGCAGAGCUCAUGAUGACCAUUGGUUAAAGCCCAGAAGUUCCGUGUAAGCCUUGAACACUGUCUUAGGAAAGGCCAUGAGGCCAUAUUUCUGCCAACCCUGGACCAAAUAGUCUCUUAGAAGCCACUCGAGGGUAUUACACAUGCUCCAAGGUGUGUGGGUCUCUGCCCAUCUCAAGUCUUGGGGUCAGAGAUAAUGGUAUCCUCUUGUCCCUCACAAACAAACUCUUGUUGCUUCUCGCCAAAUCCCUAGCUCCAUGCCCCACUUGUGACUUACUGAGGGUCUGGGUGGCUAUCAGGAAGAUGACAAGGUAGGGAGGUAAGGACCAUGUUUGGAGGUGUAGAGAGGCCUCUGGUAUCCUAAACACCAAGAUUCAUGCAGGCCUGUGCCCUGAUGAUGUCCCUGGCCUGUGAAUUCUGUCCUUGACUGACUGACCUGUGCUCCGAGUUGUGUCAGUGAUAGACAAUUUAGUCAAUAUUUCCAUCCUGUGUCGAUCUUGACUCAUAGGAAGGAGACAAUAUCCUGAGCAUCCAGGAGACUCAUGGAACCUGAAGUUGCCUCUGGAGCCUCCACUGAGGAACAUGACAGCAGAGACCCUUCAUCCCACCUCCAGGGCCUCAUCCUGGGAGCACUGUAGUCCGUUUUUCACCCACUUACCUUCCCUCCAUUCCUGAGCAGGGCUAGUCUGUCCCAGAGGGCCACUGCUAGACUUCCUGUUAGGGGCAAUGUGCCAUUAUAAAGACAUAAGGACACCACACAUGGAAAAGCUGCUUGCUGGCUCCUAUUGGUUUUUUCUUGGACUUGCCCCCCACCCCAGCUGGACUUCACCUGAGUAUGGGGCUUUCCUGGCAGCCAGGAGCCCAUGCUUAUGCAGGCUCCAGCAUCUCAGCCAGAGGCCAGAUGUUCUUAAAACUGACUUGACCUGAGAGGCUACUGAGCAGACCCCCCUUAAUCCUUCAGAGAGGCAGCAUUUAUUUAACAUGUAGACUGCAGGGGGCGCUGUUUUAUCCAGAAGCCUCUUUGCAUCCUAUUGCCCUCCAUGACUGUCUAGGGGGCUGAGACUACCAGGGUUUCCAAUCCAGCCCUUUUGUUUUCUUAGUGAGGAAUCAUCCAGCGAUCUGGCUUUCAUGCUUCCUUAGACACAGCCCUCAACUUACUUGCCUUGAAGAAGAAAGGCACUGACACACUUAACACAAACAGCAGAUCCACGAAUACCAGUUCACAUCACAACCCUGCAGUCCGAGAUUCAGGUCCCUCUUCAUAGCCAUGCUUAAGGUCAUUUCCAUCAGUGACAGGGUCUGUUCCCUCCCUCCCUGUAAGCUUUCACAGACCAGCGUGUUUAUUUCCACAUCUAUUAUUUAUUCACUCAUCAGACUGUCAUGAAAUAUUUGUGUUGUUCCAGGUCCUGUGCUAAGCACCAGGCACUAAACAUGAAAUGAGAGAAAGUUCUUGCUCCCAGGGACUCCCACUCUCUCAGGAACCACAGACCUCUAAUGUUGAAGUCAGAACGGCAAGUGUGCCAGCAAGGAUUUCUGAACACUAAAUCCAACGAGCCUUCACAGGGAAAGGAUGUUUGAGCAGAAUUCUCCAGAAUGAAUAGGAGUUAGCCAAGCAGAAAAGGCAAGGAAGAAUGAAGGAAGCAAAAAGCAUCUGCAGAGGCACACCUGUGCAUAGUCUCAGCCCUUUCCCUGGGGAGCCAGACCCCCACCCAGAAAUCCCAAGGUUCAAGGUCUUCUUUAACAAACCAGAAAAAUGCAGGCCAAGCCCUAAUUCAUCUUAUUGGUUUAAGCAUGCUGCCUCCUGAGAACCACAGUAUCACAUGCAGAUACUCCAGCAGGUCCUUAGAGUUCAAAGGCUUUUAAUCCAGGACAGAAGCAGAAAUCGCUCUUGGGUGAAGGGAGCAGCUGAUAUUUCAUUUUCUUGCCAUAGGGCAUGUUGACAGAAGAAUGAAAUUCUUUGUCAAAAGUCAUCUCCAGAUGUAUUUUCCACCCUUUGCCUGGAGACAGUUCUUCCCAUUUUAAACAAACAAAAUUUAAGGCGUUUAUCCACAAGUUCUUGACUUGGAUACAGUGCAUUCCUGCGCGAUGCCCUCUUUGGGAGUACGGGAGAUUAGCUGGAAGAAUUCCAAGGAAAAGAAUUUUCCACAAAACUCAAUUGUAGAAACUUAGAGAAGGUUGAUGAAAACCCAGGAAGCCUAGUGGGCAGGCUUCUGCCUAGGACAGAACCCACAAACAAGCGCGUCUGUGUGGAAGGUCUGGAUGAACACCCAUCAUGCAUUAGUGCAGUAGAAUUUAGUAAGCGUAUCUAGCCAGUCUUGUCAGUUGUGCAGAAAACAAGGCCCAGUGUUAGCAAGUCUUAGCAUAUCCUCCCUUUUUAUUAUGAAUGGGUGGUUUUUUUUAUAAUUUUUACUGAUGCUCAGUAACCAUGCAAAACUGUGCACAUUCAUGUACUAAUACAUCUGUACCUAUCUAUACGCAUAUACAUCAGCUCACUGUAGAAAACCGCAGCCAGCAAGCAUUGCAGACUCAUGCAAACCAAGUGAUCUUGUUUACAGUAACCGUCAACAGUGCCAAUAAGGGGUGAGGACACUAACCUGUCACGGUGUAACUGGUGACCACGUGCACAGUUCCAUGACUUAAAUGUUUCCUGUGUUAAUCAGUAUUCUUAAAUUAAAAGAAAAUGUUUAUAAUGGAA